AUCAGCGGUGUCCGAUCACCGCUGAUCACUGAUCAUCAGGGCCCUGAUGAUCAGUGUAGCCCCGAUGAUCAGUGUAGCCCCAGCAGUGCCAGCUGUCAGUGUCCAUCAGUGCCACAUUAAUGCCACAUAUCAGUGCCUACCAGUGCACAUCAAUGCCACAUAUCAGUGCCCAUCUGAGCUGCCUUUCAGUGUCACCCAUCAGUGCCAGUCACUGCCACCUAUCAGUGCUGCCAAUCAGUGCCACCUAUCAGUGCUGCCAAUCAGUGCCACCUAUUAG